GCUCACUAGAGCACUAGUGCGAGUAGCAGCUGUCGGCUGGAAGGAACUGGUCUGUCUGGUCACACUCACUGAGCUGGCUUCUGACUCUUGGGAGAGACCUUCACAGCUGCUCCGACUGCCUUCUUCGCCUUUGCCUUCGCCUUGGACUCACAGUGAAAGGCCUCCCUGUGGACACUGAGUGACCAUCCCCAGCACUUGGAUUUCUACAGCGCCCAGGGCCAGACCCCCAAAGACUUUGAGGUCCUAGACCCCAGCAGACGCGGAACGAUGGCCUCCAUGGGGCUACAGGUGAUGGGCAUCGCGCUGGCCGUGCUGGGCUGGCUGGGCGCCAUCCUGAGCUGCGCGCUGCCCAUGUGGCGGGUCACGGCCUUCAUCGGCAGCAACAUCGUCACAUCGCAGACCAUCUGGGAGGGCCUGUGGAUGAACUGUGUGGUGCAGAGCACCGGCCAGAUGCAGUGCAAGGUGUACGACUCCAUGCUGGCGCUGCCGCAGGACCUGCAGGCCGCCCGCGCCCUCAUCGUCAUCUGCAUCGUCGUGGCUGUGAUGGGCGUGCUGCUGUCUGUGGUGGGUGGCAAGUGCACCAACUGCGUGGAGGACGAGAGCACCAAAGCCAAGAUCAUGAUUGUGGCGGGCGUGGUGUUCAUUCUGGCCGGCCUGCUGGUGAUGGUGCCCGUGUCCUGGACGGCCAACACCAUCAUCCGAGAUUUCUACAAUCCGCUGGUGGCCUCUGGUCAGAAGCGGGAGAUAGGGGCCUCGCUCUACGUGGGCUGGGCGGCUGCCGGCCUGAUGAUGCUUGGGGGGGCCCUGCUCUGCUGCAACUGCCCACCCCGCACUGACAAACCCUACUCGGCCAAGUAUUCUGCCGCCCGCUCCGCCCCUGCCAGCAACUACGUGUAAGGUGCCACCGCUCAACUCUGUUCAGACUUUGUUUCUCCCUGGACUCAGCUCAGCGCAGCUUGUAACCCUAGGACGGCCCUGCCGUGGCCCGCAGGCUGCUGGGGGAUGGGCGAGCAGGGACUGAGACAGGACAUUGGCCAGCAGCCCUCAGCCCCUUCUGGCCCUCUCAGAUGCCUUCCUGAGGCCUCCUCUACGCUACAAGGACGGACUGAAAGACUUCCUAGCCACCUUCCUCUGCAUGGAUAUGGACACGGGGGCGGGAGGUGUGGGGGGGGCAGCAAACGGGCAUGGCAGUGGAGUGGGGAGCUGGCUCUUGCUGGCCAGGACAGCUCAGCCCUGACUCUACUUGGGAUCUCUGCCUGGGUGCCCUGCCAAUGCCUGUGUUGGCCACUGUUCUUUGAUCAUCCCCUCUCCCUCCAAGUGCAUCCGGUGGAAACCUGUGGCCGUGAGAAUGCCUGGGGCCUCACCCACCCACCUGCCUAUGGAGCAGAGUUGACAGACGGGUUUAGAAGGGAGGGGUGAAGGUGCUACAAACUGGUUUGGGUAGUGGUGGGGGAGGGGGCUGUAGAGGCAGCCCUGGCUGCCCGUACCUCUUCCCACCCACCCUGUAGCCUCAGUGGCUUCAGCAGAACCCUGGGCCCCUUGACACUGGCCACCUCCAUCUGCUAAUGCGAAGGUCAUUGGCUGGCCUGGGGGUGGCAGGGGGAACAGAAUCACUCUGGCCUUCAUCCUGGGGCUUUUCCCUGCCUCCUCUGUGGUCUGUUUUGUAAUUUAAGAUCUAUUUGUCACGGUAAUUACUAUUAUUUUCUACAAUAAAUGGGACCUGUGCACAGGAA